ACACACACUGAGAGGGAGGGACUGAACAGGUUCGCGUUGCGUGUCUGCGCCUCUGCGUGAACACUUUAACCUGUGGCACGAUCUCCACACAGAUGUUUCCUCCGGUGGUCCGCACGGCCUCUCAGCAGACUCGGGUACGGAUCAGCGGUGGGUCCCCGUUGCGCUCCUGUUGUGAAAAGUUUGCGAGCUCCUUCAAAGUGUUUUUCUUCCACAGUUCGCUGUCAUGCAGCAGCCGCCGGUGAGUCCGUGAAGGCGGCAGGACUGAAGCGGGGUGAAUGUAAAGAGCUUCUUCUGAACUCUCAGGACUCCAGCUGCUGCAUGCGAGGAGGAAACUUUUACUUUCUUCGCUGCUUCUGAACUUCCACACACGGAGAGAAGAGGAAAGGACAGGAGGGGAGGAGAAGGUUCCUCUCUCUCGGCUCUACCUGCGGGUUCCUCUCGCUGUUGAAAUAAAUCAGCUGCAGAAUGUCUGACUCUGCAUCCAGCUUCCUCCACAUCGGGGAUAUUGUAUCCCUGUAUGCCGAGGGCACGGUGAACGGCUUCAUCAGCACGCUGGGGUUGGUAGAUGACCGAUGUGUGGUUGAGCCAGCUGCUGGAGAUUUAGACAACCCUCCAAAGAAAUUCAGGGACUGCCUGUUUAAGGUUUGUCCUAUGAGUCGGUACUCGGCUCAGAAACAGUUCUGGAAAGCCAAACAAGCCAAACAUGAGAAGGACAAGAUUGGUGAUGUGGUUCUGCUACAAAAACUACAGCAUGCAUCAAAUCUGGAGCAGAAGCAAAACGAGACAGAAAACAAGAAAGUCCAUGGAGACGUGGUCAAAUAUGGAACUGUCAUACAGCUGCUCCACAUGAAGAGUAACAAAUACCUGACGGUGAACAAACGGCUGCCGGCUCUGCUGGAGAAGAACGCCAUGCGAGUCACUCUGGAUGGGACGGGAAACGAAGGCUCCUGGCUCUUCAUCCAGCCGUUCUGGAAGCUGCGUGCCAAUGGAGACAAUGUGGUGGUGGGAGAUAAAGUUAUCCUGAACCCGGUGAACGCUGGUCAGCCGCUGCACGCUUCAAACUACGAACUGACCGAUCAUCCAGGAUGCAAAGAGGUGAACUCUGUGAACUGCAACACCAGCUGGAAGAUCAACCUGUUCAUGAUGUUCAACGAUCACAGAGAGGAAGUCCUCAAAGGAGGCGACGUGGUGCGUUUGUUUCACGCUGAGCAGGAAAAGUUUCUGACCUGCGAUGAAUACAAGAGCAAACUCCACGUUUUCCUCCGAACCACGCUGAGACAGUCAGCAACAUCGGCGACCAGCUCCAACGCCCUGUGGGAGGUUGAGGUUGUCCAUCAUGACCCAUGCCGCGGAGGGGCGGGACAUUGGAACAGUCUCUACCGUUUCAAACACCUGGCCACUGGAAACUACCUGGCUGCUGAGGAGAACCCGGGUUAUAAAGGAGACAAUGUGGAGCUGUCUUCCUCGAUGGACGGUAGCCGUAGCAACAAGCGGUCCCACGGAGAGAGGAUCAAGUACAAGCUGGUCGCGGUGCCUCAUGGGAGCGACAUCGCCUCGCUGUUCGAGCUCGACCCGACUACGCUGCAGAAAACCGACUCCUUCGUACCACGAAACUCCUACGUGCGACUGAGGCAUCUUUGCACGAACACCUGGAUCCAGAGCACCAACGUCCCCAUUGAUAUUGAUGAGGAGCGACCUAUCAGGCUCAUGUUGGGGACAUGUCCCACGAAAGAGGACAAGGAAGCGUUCGCCAUCGUCUCCGUUCCUGUGAUGGAAAUCAGAGAUCUGGACUUUGCCAAUGAUGCCAGUGCCAUGCUGAGCACUGUGGUGGACCAGUUCAGCCAGGGCUUCAUCAGCCAGAACGACCGCAAGUAUGCCGUCAAGCUGCUGGAAGAUGUGGUUUUCUUUGUGGCUGACGUCAUUAACAGCGGGCAGCCUGUCCUGGAUGUAGUCAUGACCAAACCUAACCGAGAGAGACAAAAGCUCAUGAGAGAACAGAACAUCCUCAAACAGAUCUUCGGCAUCCUGAAGGCCCCCUUUAAGGACCGGCCAGGAGGGGAAAGUCCUCUGCUGUGUCUAGAGGAGCUGGCCGACCAGAAGAAUGCUCCCUACCAGUAUAUGCUCAGACUCAGCUACAGAGUCCUCCGGCACUCUCAGGAUGACUACCGCAAGAACCAGGAGUAUAUAGCGAAGCAGUUCGGUGUGAUGCAGAGUCAGAUUGGGUAUGACAUCCUGGCUGAGGACACCAUCACUGCCCUGCUGCACAACAACCGCAAACUGCUGGAGAAACACAUCACCAAGACCGAGGUGGAGACUUUCGUCAGUCUGGUCCGCAAGAACCGAGAACCCAGGUUUUUGGACUACCUGUCAGACCUGUGUGUGUCCAACAACGUGGCCAUCCCCGUCACCCAGGAGCUCAUCUGUAAAUGUGUACUGGACCCCAAAAACCAGGACAUCCUCAUUAAGACAGAGCGUCGUGUUCCAAAGGAGGCGCCCUCUGGUGGUGUUCAAGGAGACUACAUGGCAAUGGAUGACUUUGGAGAUGAGGAUGAGGUGUGGCUGAUGUGGAUAGACAAAGCUAAUGAGAAGCAGGAGAAAAGCAUCAGACAGCUGGCUCAGGAAGCAAGACAAGGAAAUGCUCAUGAUGAGAACGUCCUCACUUACUAUAGGUAUCAGCUGAAGCUGUUUGCCCGGAUGUGUUUGGACCGUCAGUAUCUUGCAAUAGAUGAGAUCUCCAAACAGCUGGAUGUGGAGCUGAUCUUCCUGUGCAUGAUGGAUGAGACUCUUCCCUUUGACCUCCGGGCAUCCUUCUGCCGCCUCAUGCUCCAUGCUCACGUAGACCGAGACCCUCAGGAACUGGUGACUCCUGUAAAGUUUGCCCGGCUCUGGACUGAGAUUCCAACCUCCAUCACCAUCAAAGAUUAUGACUCUAACAUGGACGACAGCAGAGACAACAAGAAGAACCGGUUCUCCAGUACUAUGGCCUUCAUGGAAGAGUAUCUUAACAACGUCCUUAAUGAUGAUGUGCCAUUCCAUAACGAGGAGAAAAACAAGCUCACAUAUGAGGUGGUGAGUUUGGCUAGACAUUUGAUCUACUUUGGCUUCUACAGUUUUUUUGAGCUGCUCAGACUCACAAGGACCCUGCUGGGCAUCAUUGACUGCAGACCCAAUCCAGGACACGUGAUAUUCAAUGAUGAUGCAUCAGGCAAGAACGUGAAGCGCUCUAUACACGGGAUGGGUCAGAUGAUGUCGACCAUGGUCCUCAACAGGAAACAGUCCAUAUUCGGAGGUGCAGUUCCCAGAGGGGCAGGAAUGGGCCCAGCGCUUGUGCUUGAAGGACAAAGAGGCAGUAAAGAUAGUCUCGACAACAUGGACUUGACAGUGAUGGAUACCAAGCUGAAGAUACUGGAGAUAUUACAGUUCAUCCUGAAUGUCCGCCUGGACUACCGCCUCUCCUUCCUCCUGUCUGUAUUUAAGAAGGAGUUUGUGGACGUUUAUCCCAUGGCUGACGCUGACGCUACCACUAAUAUGGAGCAUGCAGAUGUCCCAGUUAACAUGGACAUGACAGCCACCAUCAACCUGCAGUACAUUGGAGAGCAGGCAGAGGCCAUGUUUGGAGUUGGUAAAGGGAACAGUAUUCUGGAGGUGGACGAUGAAGGUGGUCGCAUGUUCCUGCGGGUGUUGAUCCACCUCACAAUGCACGACUACGCUCCUCUGGUGUCUGCAGCCCUGCAGCUGCUUUUCAGACACUUCAGCCAGCGGCAGGAAAUGUUACAUACCUUCAAACAGGUCCAGUUGCUGAUCUCCGCUCAGGAUGUGGAGAACUACAAGCUGAUUAAGGCAGAUCUAGAUCGCCUCAGGACAUUGGUGGAAAAAUCUGAACUGUGGGUGGAGAAGAAGAGCUCAGGAGGAGGAGAAGGGAAGAAAGACAAGAAAGACAAGAAGGAAAAAACAGAGGGGGCAUCACAAGAGGCAACACCCAAGAAGGAGAAACUGAAGGAGGGUAACGAGAACUACCAGAAAGUCAAAGAGAUACUGGAGAGGUUGCAUAAGAUGUGCAGCAGCGGAGUUUGGAAGAAGCAGCAGAGGCUGCUAAAAAACAUGGGUGCUCAUAAAGUGAUGCUGGACCUGCUGCAGGUCUCCUACGACAAGAACGAUGUGAAGAUGCAGGAGAUCAUCAAGUACACUCACCUGUUCCUGCAGAAGUUCUGUAUGGGGAACCAAGAGAAUCAGGCUCUGUUGCACAAAAACCUCAACUUGUUUCUCAACCCGGGGCUCCAGGAGGCGGAGACGGUGCAGCACAUCUUCAGUAAUAACUACCAACUGUGCAGCGAGAUCUCUGAGAGCGUGCUGCAUCACUUCAUCCACUGCCUGGCGACGCACGGCCGCCACGUCCAGUACCUCAACUUCCUCCACACCAUCAUCAAGGCCGAGGGCAAGUAUGUCAAGAAGUGUCAGGACAUGAUCAUGACCGAGUUGACAAACGCCGGUGAGGACGUGGUCGUCUUUUACAACGACAAAAACUCGUUUAAAGUCAUGCUGGAGCUGAUGGCGGAGAGCAGGGAGGGCAUCAGUGAGACCAGCCCACUCAGGUAUCACAUCUCUCUGGUGGAGCUUCUGGCUGCUUGUGCAGAGGGGAAGAACGUGUACACGGAGAUUAAAUGCACCUCCCUGCUGCCCCUGGAGGAUGUGGUCAGAGUGGUGACCCAUGAGGACUGCAUUACUGAGGUGAAAAUUGCCUACGUGAACUUUGUGAAUCACUGCUAUGUGGACACAGAAGUGGAGAUGAAGGAAAUCUACACAUCCAACCACAUCUGGAAACUGUUUGAGGACUUCACUGUGGACAUGGCUCGGGUCUGUAAUAAACGAGAAAAGCGUCUUUCCGAUCCCGUUCUGGAGAAAUACAUCAUCGGCGUGGUUUUUGACACCAUCAACGCCUUCUUCAGCUCCCCUUUCUCUGAAAACAGCACUUCUCUGCAGACUCAUCACACCAUCGUGACUCAGCUGCUUCAGUCGUCCGUCAGGCUGCUAGACUGUCCCUGGUUGCAGCAGCAGCACCGAGGGCAGGUGGAGGCCUGCAUCAAGACGCUCGCUGUGACAGCUAAGAGUCGCUCCAUCUCUGUGCCUUUGGAACUGGAGGCUCAGAUCAACUCCAUGCUGUCCACUUCAGCUUUGAACUCUUUGUCACGCACAAAUCCAAACUACAAAUCCUCCUCCCGCCACAUCCGCCCCAGCGCUCCCACCAACCCCUGGGACUACAAGAACAUCAUAGAGAAGUUGCAGGACAUCAUAAACACUCUGGAGGAGCGUCUGAAGCCACUGGUGAACGCUGAGCUCUCUGUGUUGGUGGACGUUCUCCAUCAGCCAGAGCUGCUGUUCCCUGAAGGAACCGACGUUCGACAGCGCUGCGAGUCCGGAGGAUUCAUUUCCAAGUUGAUCCAGCACACCAAGGCGCUGAUGUCUUCAGAGGAGAAGCUGUGCAUCAAAGUCCUAAAGACUCUGCAGGAGAUGCUCAUCAGGACUCUGGACUUUGAUGAAAAGGGAAUGGUGCUGCGGAAAGUUUUACUGCAAAACUACUUGUUUCCAAACAAGAAGACCAACCAGAAGAAUGAAUUGGCUGAACUUGGAGUUCCAGGCGGUGAACAGGAGCGGGACUGGGCGGCAGUGGCAGCAAUCCAGUGUCGUCUGGACCGCGAAGGAGGAACAAAGCUGUUCACAGAUCUGGUGAUGAGCACCAAGAAUGAUAAGAUCUUCCAGGAGAGCAUCCAGCUGGCCAUCUGUCUGCUGGAGGGAGGAAACACUGAGAUACAGAACUCCUUCUACAAACUGAUGAUGGGUGACAACAAGUCAGAGAAGUUCUUUAAAGUGUUUAAUGACAGAAUGAAAGAAGCUCAGGCCGACAUUAAAGCAACGGUUUCUGUUAAUGUUGGAGAGAUGACACACAAGGCCAACGAGAAGCUGGAGAACGGUGGCUCCACCACUCUGGGUGUACUUCCGGGUACAGGGGGUCAUCCAUUGUUGGUACCAGGGGUGCCCAUUGCCCCAGGCACCUCCACCCUGCCAGCUCAACCUAUUGAAGAACAGAAGGAGGUGGAGACAGAGAUGGGACCAGCUGUUACCAUCAUGAAGCCGAUCUUGAGGUUCCUACAGCUGCUUUGUGAGAACCACAACAACGACCUACAGAACUUCCUGCGUUGCCAGAAUAACAAAGCCAACUACAACCUUGUGUGCGAGACGCUUCAGUUCCUGGACAUCAUGUGUGGUAGUACGACGGGUGGCCUGGGCCUGCUGGGCUUGUACAUUAAUGAAUCAAAUGUCCACCUCAUCAUUCAGACCCUGGAAACACUUACAGAGUACUGCCAAGGACCCUGCCAAGAGAACCAGACAUGUAUCGUGACCCACGAGUCCAACGGCAUCGACAUCAUAACGGCUCUGAUCCUGAAUGACAUCAGUCCUCUAUGUCGCUAUCGGAUGGAGAUGGUGCUGCAGCUGAAGGACAAUGCCUCCAAGCUGCUGUUGGCUCUUAUGGAGAGUCGUCACGACAGUGAGAACGCAGAGAGGAUUCUGCUGAACCUGCGGCCACGAGAGCUGGUGGAGGUAAUAAAGAAGGCCUACAACCAGGAGAGUGAAUGUGAAGGGGUGGAGGUGGAAGUUUCUCCUCGGGAGGUGGGACACAACAUCUACAUCCUGGCUCAGCAGCUGGCGAGACACAACAAAGUCCUUCACAACCUCCUAAAACCUCAAAAGAACCUUAAAGAGGGAGAGGAGGGCAUUUCCUCAAUGCUGAACCUGAACAACCGGCCUCUGUCCCAGAUGUUGAAGUCCUCAGCUCCAGCUGCUGUGGUGGAGCAGGACCCGCUGGAUUACUACGAACAGCUAACUUCACAGAUAGAGAUUGUUCGCGAGGACCGCAGCAUGGAGCAGAUUGUGUUUCCCGUUCAUCCCAUCUGUGAGUUUCUGACAGAGGAGUCAAAGGUCAGGGUGUUCAACACCACCGAGCUGGAUGAGCAGGGAUCAAAGGUCACACAUUUCUUCGAGCAAACCUCAUUCCUGCAUGGAGAAAUGGAGUGGCAGAAGAAGCUGAGGAGUAUGCCAGUGUUGUACUGGUUCUCCAGAAGGAUGACUCUGUGGGGAACAAUCUCCUUUAAACUUGCCCUGUUCAUCAACCUCAUCAUCGCUUUCUUCUACCCCUACGACUCCGGACAAGGUGCAAUCGACGACUCUCUGUUGUUGAUGCUGUUCUGGGUCCUGACCGGUCUCUCCGUCCUGGGUUUGUUCUCUCAGCGUUAUGGCCUCACGCCGCUCACCGUCGCUCUGAUACUCAGGUCCAUCUACCACCUAGGCAUUGGCAACACGCUCAUACUGCUGGGAACACUUAAUCUCAUCAAUAAAGUGGUGUUUGUGGUGAGUUUUGUGGGGAACAACGGCACAUUUAUUAUGGGGUACAAGGCCAUGGUGAUGGAUGUGGAGUUCCUCUAUCACCUGGCAUACGUCCUGACGUCCACACUGGGACUCUUCGUUCACGAGCUCUUCUACAGCAUCCUGCUUUUUGACCUGAUCUACAGGGAGGAGACUCUGUUAAACGUGAUAAACAGCGUGACGCGUAACGGGCGCUCCAUCCUGCUCACGGCGCUGCUCGCUCUCAUCCUUGUGUACCUCUUCUCCAUUGUGGGCUUCCUCUUCCUGAAGGAGGACUUCAUUAUGGAGGUCGACCCGCUGCCACAGAUCGCUGCAGCUUCUCAAAAUAGUGAAGCCUCUCAGGACUUCCUCAAGUCGUGCUCUGCAGACGGAGUCAGCUGCACUGCAGAGACCAACACUGAGGAGGAAGAGGAGCCCAACUCUGAGCGAGCAUGCGACACUCUGUUGAUGUGUAUCGUUACUGUGCUGAACCACGGACUGAGGAAUGGAGGAGGAGUGGGAGACGUCCUCCGCAAACCAUCUAAAAAUGAGCCACUGUUUCCUGCUCGAGUUGUGUAUGACCUGCUGUUCUACUUCAUCGUCAUCAUCAUCGUCCUCAACUUGAUCUUCGGUGUCAUCAUCGACACGUUUGCAGACUUGAGGAGUGAGAAGCAGAAGAAGGAAGAAAUUCUGAAAACAACAUGUUUCAUUUGCGGGCUCGAGAGAGACAAGUUUGACAAUAAGACAGUGUCCUUCGAAGAGCACAUCAAACUGGAGCACAAUAUCUGGAACUACCUCUACUUUAUCGUUUUGGUGCGCGAGAAAAACAAGACAGACUACACAGGACCGGAGAGCUACGUGGCUCACAUGAUCAAGAACAACAACCUGGACUGGUUUCCACGGAUGCAGGCCAUGUCGCUGGUGGUAACAGACAGCGAUGGCGAGCAGAACGAGAUGAGGCAGUUACAGGACAAACUGGUAUCAACCAUGAAGGUGGUCACAACCCUGACCACCCAGCUGACGGAGCUCAAAGAGCAGAUGACGGAGCAGAGGAAGAGAAGGCAGAGGAUGGGCUUUGUCGACGUCCAGGCCGGAGCGAGCGGCACGGUGCCUCCCAGCGCCGCAGGAGGAAACCAUCAGAUCUACAAAACAUAAAGACACUCGACACAUUGGCACACAGACGGACUCGAUGUUCACUACAUGGUCAUCUCUAGAUCUGUAAGCCAUCCAGCUGGACUGAUGGACGCAAAGACAGAAACACUAGAAGAGCUGAAGCACAUGCAGCUUUCACAGUUUCAUAACGGCAAAUAUCCAACAGAUAUUUCCCAAAUUUCCCACAAAACAAAUUUCCCAAAUGUGGGACUAAUAAAGGUUAUCUUAUCUUAUCUUAAAGUUCUGAUUGUCAGCAGAUAAUAUUGUUUGCUGGGUGAUAAUAAUAAUUUACUCGGAAUAGCUGAUCUGACUCUCUUAAACCUGCAGCUUCAUCCCGGCUCAGGUCACACGACAAAUUUAGCCCUAAAUUUUCUCAUUCCAGGUGUUUUGAAGGAUUCUGCUCUGGCGUUCUUCACGGCCCAGUUUAAAAAAAAUACAUGAAUAAAGCAGCCAUGGUUUUCUUUGUGCAGCAGAAGUUUAGGGAUUCUUUCCACCUAAUCAAUUUUAAAUUGAGUGUAUUUUAUUAAGCUUACUUCUCGUGGAAACAGCACAUAUUAAAGGUUUAUGGCUUCAAGUGAAUAAUGAAUAAAAGAAAUUAACCAGCACAUGGCUAUUUUAUUUAUGCAGUGUGUUGCACAGCAUGUCCAAAAAUAAUUUCUAAAGUAAUUCCUUAAUUGCUAAACUAACACGAAGCUGUCUGAAAACAGCCUACAAGUAAGUUCAGAAAAACACAGCUAAACUGUUUUAAAUCAGAUCUGGAACCUUUCACAACCAGGGAGAGAACAAAAGCCCUAACGGGAGUCUAAGACCCGGCUAAAACCCCAUGUUAGUAUUAUUAUAAUUAAUAAUAUUCAUCUCCAUGAAAACAAAAUUUAAUUAUAAAAAUGUAUGUUUGGCGCACUGAUACUACCAGAAGGUAGCUAUAAUCUACUAAAAUCCUUGCCAGCAACAAUCAAACAACAAAAGUUGAAGAGAAAGUCAGUUGCUAACCAAUGCUGGACCAGUAAAAUGAGGCGAGAUUAAAAUGAGCUGCUGCUGCACAAACAGGAAACACAAAGCCAAAGACGGACGCAGCUGUCAAAAAAAAGAAAUAUUGAUAUAAUAACUGGCUAACACAUCAGGAGAGAAAAGCUUGGAGAGAAAAGCGUCUGGACUUCUUUAAUUUUCUUGAAGACAUUUCACUUCUCUUCCGAGAAGCUUCUUCAGUUCUAAGAGCAAAUGGUGGAGAGUCUCAGAUUUUUAAGCCCUAAGCUUCUCGGAUGAGAGGUGAAACAAGUAACUUCAAGUAACUUUAAGAAGUCCAGAUGCUUUUCCCUCCAAGCUCCUUAGACUACGAUGACCUGGGUGACUGAGAACCUUUGCAGACAUAGCUAGCACGUCACAAGUCUGCCACAGUUAUACAAGUCAUUUGAGAUCAGUGUGGGCUGGGUGAGUGUCUUAAAAAUGAAAUAUGAAACACAAGGCGAUUACGCUCUGACACAAACAUCUGGAGACAGAAUAGUUGAUUCCUGUUAGGCUUUAAGUCUUCCUGAAGGGCGCGUGGGUAACUUGUAAAUUCUCAAGCCUCUGUAGAUCAUGACAAAAAAGAAAAAACAUGUAGACACGUGGACAUCUGUGAACCUCUCGCUCACCCACUUAUGAAAAACUUCCAUCAAUCAGACCCAAGUGUACUAUAACAAACUAUAACACACAAAUGUCCACAUCAAGUACCUGGUUUGAAGAAAUGUUUGAAUUGCCAGACGGCUUUACUUAGAAAUGUCUAAUUUAUUGUCUAGCUUCUUAGUUGUUAAUAUCUCAGAAAUCUGUUCUUGUUUACUUGAAUACAGAUAUUAGUUGUCAUUAAUGAGCAACUUGUUUCACGAGAAAUAAACUGUAGAUGCCGGCAUCCACACAGUAGGGGGUGCUGUAGGAAGCGGUUUGUGCAUUUUGUGUCACAUCUUUGGGUUUUUAAGAUGCAGUGAGACAAAAAUGGGAGCGUCAUGUUGCAGCUGGAAAACCUCAGGCUGUUUUGUUUUUUUCUUCUGUUUCUUUUUAUCUAAACAGAAAAUGAGUUCAAUUUAAAUUAUUACUUGGACAAAAUGUUUGAUGGCUUUAGUGAUAAAGAGAAGGAGCAAAACGACUACAAACUUCCUGUUUUGGGAUGUGCUCAAGUUUCUACCAAGUUUCAUAAAAACUGCGUGUGUGAAUGUGUGUUUGUAAAACUAACCUUCAACUCACUUUAAUAAUUUUAAGAAAAUGUAAAUAGGAAGAAACAUGCAGCUUGUGUUUGCCAAUUUCAUUUGUGCUUCUGUUUGUAAAGCGAGCUGAACCCACAUGUGUGUUUUUGGUUUUUUAAAUUGUACAUCUGGGGAACUUGUAGGAUUUAAGGUUUAUGUGAGAUAAUGUUUAUCAGACAGAAGAUAUGGUUUGUUUUUCUUUAACACUGUAACAGACCAGCACCGACGCUGGAUGAUGGAUUUAUGAGUAGAAAUGUCAUUUAGCUUUUUCAUUGAGAAACAAACGAGUCAGAAGUAUGAAGACGAAAACCCACGUUUUCUCACGUUUACAUUGAAUGAACUGUAUUUAAUGCAAACAAUUAAGUUUUAGAUUUAAAAUGCAAAUAUUAAAGUUAAAUGGUUUCACUUUAAGUUUUGGGUCUGGAUUGUAAUUGUUAUUACUCCGGCUGCUUUUGAAACCUGUUUGCAUGACAGGAAGAUAAACCUGAAAGGACUCACAGAUAAUCCUGAAGGGAAACGAAAACAUCAUCACUUCUUUUCAAAAGUCAGUUGAAAAUGCAUGAAAUUAAAAAGGUCUGACAAACAUAAAAAGAUAAAGAAAAAAUAUAUUUCGACCCAUCAAAUGCAAAAGAAUGACAUCAUCAUCAUUCAGAAAAAUGUUAUUUCAUUAAAUGUAAACUGUUAAA